GCACCUGCACUGCACUUGCCACUUUCAGUUGUGUGCCGAGAUGUUGAGCCUGCUACUGCUACUGAUCGGAAUCGGAAUCCUGGGUCCAGGUUGCCAGGCCGACUGCAACGUGUGCUCCGCAAUCACAAAUAUUGCCUGCCUUUCGGAAACACAGUUUGCGUUCUGUGAAAAUAACGUACCCCUGAAACAGAUCCUCAGUUGUCCAUCGGGCACAUAUUGCACCGCAGGGCCGCAAAUUUGCCACAAAAAUUGUGCUCUACAAUCAUGCAACGCGUGCGGACGAUGCAACGAGCAGAGGACAUUUGCAUGCUUAGGCGUUCGCACGUUUGCUCUAUGUUUGGGUACCAGCAAUGUAUCACUCAUUACUGGCCACUGUCUGCCAAAUUAUGUUUGCAACUAUCAGGAUCCUAACAUAUGCAGCUCAGAAAUUGGGUUCCCGGCAACCUGCCCCCUUGCUAAUGAUGAGUUGUUGACGACUAAAGCGCCAGAAACUCUCCAGGAUCCCAACACAUACUGCAAAGCUAUUCGGCAGGCUGGUCGCUUUCCGUAUGGUAACAGUUUGAAUACCACAUGUAGAUACUACAUCCAGUGCUAUGCGUCCAGAUUUGUCUGGUACGGUUCCCUGCUUCGGUGUCCGGGCGAAACCUAUUACGACCCCAUGUUAAGGACCUGCACCACCAACAUUCCAGCCACAUGCCAGUUACGAAUCAUGGACUUGCAGAUUGAAAAUCUUCGAUUGUUAUAAGUGCUUCAAGAAUCGAUACUAAAUGCCAAGAAUGUUGAAUGCUGAUAAAAAAAAAAAAAAAAAUAUUUGAAAAAAUUAUGUAUAUAUAAAUAAAUGGUUGAU